GCGGGUUCAAAGUCGUAUUCAAAUUAAUCGUAUGCGGGCGACAUGCCGUUACUGAAUAGGAACAAAGCCCGUACAAAGUACUAACCGUCAACAUUAAACUAACUUGAUUUCAUUGCAUACAUGCGCACGCGCGCGUCGACGUGGACUCAUCUGCCACCAACAUCCACAACACCGGUGAGCUCUUCACAUUGACAUGCUGUCCCUGUAGACCAGUCAUAACUGGCAGCUUCCAAUCUUAGGACCACACUCUGUGAUGCUCAUGCUGGCCUGCCCCUCCUGAAAGCGUGCACCAACUGCCAAGGAGUUGAAGAAACUCCUUGCGACCGCCAAUGCUAGCCUUGAUGCUGCAGAACGAUGUGAGCGUAUCUCUCACUUCGCACCCCGGCUAGGGUACUCACAUGAUCUCAGUGCAAGUGCAGAAUGCUGCAGCACUUCAGGAAGCACAGCGCAAGAUCGACGAGCAGAACGCUGCACUAGAACGGGCGCAGGCCGAUGCUGCCCAAGCACAGGCCGACGCUGCCCAAGCGCAGGCCGACGCCGCUCAAGCUGCUGCCGCCGUUCUCAAUCCUGACAACGCUCCAGCACCCGUCGCGAAUGGCGGACAACCUCCGCCGCCUCAACCAAAGAUCCCGAAGCCUCGUGUCCCAAGAGGCAAGACAUUGAGGAUCCGGCAGAGUAUGGGAAUCGAUGAGAAGGAGUACACAUUCCCAGUACCGCAUCCACUUUCUUGUCCAUGGCGCCGAACUUGCCUGGGAGUGUGAUUUCCGUCGCCAGGAUGUUUUAAAGCUUUCGCGUUUCUUCGCGGCGGUAAGUCCAUUGGGCGACGGCUGCCAUAGCGGCCCGUUACAUGCAGAACAUUCGCCGCUACGCGCGAGAGAACGGGCACCUCCCCAAGAGACCUCGAUACAACCGCAGGGCCGCUGGCAACUGAAGCGCGAGGCGAAAACAGAGGGCCGCGCUGGGCGCGACGUGUAGGGAGAUGGUGGUCCCGGACCAG